GCGCGGGACAUACAAUGGAUCAGGAGCCGCAGAGUAGACAAGCAUGGAGUUUAGGACUAGGAGAGGUAAAAUAUCACAUCAUGAUUAAAAAAGACUCUGCAAGCUAACACUUUUGAACAGAAUAGGCAAAUCGUUCCGACCCCUCCUACUACCGUCCCUUACGGAUGGCAGAAUGCUACGACCAUGAACACGGGUGCGAUCAACCACCCAAAUUAUGGACAAAUAGGCCAGGAAGGAAACGGGCACCAAACGGGCGGGUCUAUUCAAAUAGAUCCGGCGUUGAGAUCAGGGAUGGCUCAUGGGCCCUACUCGACGGAUGAAGGAACUGUUCCAGCACGAACCCCUGGAUCUAGAUUGCAACGUCGACCAAACAACCAGGCAGAAGAAGCAACGCCGAACAACGUUGGAAACAUUGCUGGCUUAACCGGAAAUUCGAUAGCAGGGAACCAAGCAACCACCUCGGUUCAGCCUCGAACUGCUGAAGCCAAUCACUCCUUGGAACCGCUACCCGCUGCUGGCGCAAAUAUCAACUACCACGCGGGUAACUUUUCAUUUGAAAACCCCGGGUAUAACCAUGGUUUGGAUUCUGCUUGCUUGAAUCAACCAUUGGUUUUUAAACAUGUGAGCGGUUAUAUCUCAAGGAAAACUGCUCUUGUUUGCCGAACAUGUCAGAUGACGCAGGGUUUCUGGCUUAACAUUUUUUUCGAGUUGUUGACUUUAGUAUUGAAGUUACUUUACUAUGGAGGCUGGGAAAGAGAGAUGAAGUAGAGAGGAAGAAAGGGGGAUGUAUGGAUUAUACCCAUGGAGUUAUGUUUUAGUAGGAUACAUUAAUGUGGUAAUUUCUUAUUGGACUUUUUGAAAGAAGACGACAAUACUCUGAAUGAGGACUGUAUAGUUGGCUAUGAAGAAUUUAGUACUGUAAAAAACACCUGUGCAGAAAAUGAAUGCUUGUGACUGUAGCUUGUAGGAAGUUUGGAAGUCUGGAAAUUUGGAGAGACGCUGCAUGUGUGUUCACUGUGCCAUAGAACUAUGUAGGGUACGUACCUACAUAGCUAGCUUGGUGUAACAUCCGUAUGAUUUGACGACAUCAAACUUUGAUUACAUAACAGGAUACCUGCAGCUUUCUUGAGCUCAGCAAAGAGGAAAGCGGGCACGUGUAGAAGGUUGCAGUGAAGACGAGAAAGGAUUGGGAUGGUGGAAAGAGCGACGUGAUCGUCGUGAAAUCUAGCUUACGUACAAACUUUAAGAGAACUAAAGAUGAUCUGCAAGAAUUUUCGACUAAAACGAAGCUGACUGGUUCUUACCGGUACUCACCUUCGUCUAAACUUAGAUUUCUCACGUGGUUGACAAAGACCAAAAGGAAGUCGUGGGGUACGUAUCGUGGAGUGUGGAG